GCGCCGGCGCCAUGGCGGAGCCGGCCGGGCCCUUCUACCUGCUGCGGGCCGGGCCGGGCCGGUACCUCUGCUGGUGCCGCCCUGGCCCCGGCGGCACCGUCUAUGUAACCGACGCCCUGGAGGUCUGGGCCGCGGAGCUCGGCGCCAGCCGGCCGCUCGGCUGCCGAUGGCAGCCAGAGGAGUACGGCACGAAGCUCAGGGAGGCCUUGGGGCGGGGGGCCGCCUCGCUGCACCUGGGCGAGGGGAAGGCCACGCUGCAGCUGCGGGAGGAGGCCCCGUGCUGGUCCCUCGACCUCUUCAAGCUGCCCAUCGCCGAGGCGAGGAGCCAGCUCCAGGCGCUGGUGUUUGGCAUGGCGGGGCACAUCGAGAGCCUGGAGAGACGUCUGGGAGCAGUGGUGGAGACACUGGCACCUUCCUGCAGCCCUGAGAAGAAUGCUGCCUGGAGCCAGCAGCUCUUCCUGCCAGGUGGGCAAUUGCCAGGGAGCACCUCCCCCGGUCCCGCUAUUUGUUUGCCUUUUCUUCCCCAGGAGGCAGCUGGUCCUGUAACCGUCAGCUCUGCAACACUCUCAGUUCUCUCAGUUGUGGCUACUGUCAGCUGCCCUGCUGUCCAAGUGCCCUUCCUGGCAUGGAAGGGGCUAGGGCUCAGCCUGGUGGCUCACAGGUGUCUGGGGUGCACUCUGCUCAGACCCCAAUCCCAGGAAAAACAGGGGUGCUGGCUCAGCUUUUCCAGCGAAGAGGAAGAUCCCAGGAGAGUCUCUCAUUAACCCUGGCUUCAAAAGCAAGAAGGCACCAUCUGGAGUGGAUUUCGAGGACUCCUGACCUGUGCUGUCCUGUUCUCUGAUGACAGCCCUACCGGAGCCUUGUCACCUGUGUGGGCGGGUGGUGGAGGAGGUUUCACUGCACCCUGGGCAGUGGAUGGGGCAAGCAGGAACCAGAGAGCUGGAGCCAGCACCUGGCAGGCCUGAGCAAGCAGCAGAUCCUCAGCUGGUGCAGUGGCAUGGCCUUUGGGGGGACAGACAGGGCAGAGAUGACAGAAUUGGGGGCUUUUUUCCAUGCAGCAUUUCCCUGCUGGCAGGGGCCACCUCUCUACCUCACCUGAAAUGAACUGGUGGAGUUUUUAAGGAACUUUUUUAUCGCUAUGUAAUUAAAAGAUUGCCUGUGCUUAACUUAUUGCCAAUAAAGGUGAUUUUAGCCAGUCUCUGGGGACUGGGUCAGUGC